UCGGCAGCAUCGGCGGCGGCCGCGAGGGGGCGCCCUGCAGGGCUGCGCGACGCUUCCGGGAGCGGCGGAGCCAUGGCGGCGGUGGCGCUGCGGCGGUUGGGCCGUGCGGUUCCGCGGGUCAUCACAGGGGCGCCGCGCCGUGGGCACCGCCUGACGCCGUCGGACGACGAGAUGUACCAGCGGACGCGGGUGACGGUGCUGCAGCCCGAGAGCCCCAACACCGCCUUCAUCGAGGGCUACAGCAGCCGCGGGUUCAGCAUCAGCGGCACCGUGGUGGUCGGCCCCUGUGCCGUGCUGCCCCGCGCCAUCCUCCAGUGGAACGUCGGAUCACACCGAGACAUCUCGCUGCAGAGCCUGUCGCUGUUCCGCCUGCUGGAGCCGCGGAUAGAGAUCCUGGUGCUGGGCACGGGGGACAGAGUAGAGCAGCUCCAUCCCGCCGUGCUGAGGCAGAUGCGGCUGUGCGGGAUCGCCGUGGAGGUGCAGGACACGCCCAACGCGUGUGCCACCUUCAACUUCCUGACAAGCGAGAAGCGCCUGACAGCCGCCGGCCUCAUCCCCCCGCGGGGCACCAACACGGAGCUCCCGGCGCUGCCCUUUGCCACGGACUGAGUGCCUCUGUCCUCUCCCACCCGCAGCGCCGGGGCUGCCCCACACCGAGCGCCGGGCGGAGAGACGCUGCAGGAUGGGCAGUCGGAGCCCAGCUGCUGGCUGAGUGCUGCCUCUCGGCUGUGGAGCACUGUACGGCCGUGCUUGGGGGCUGCACCAGGAGAAUACACAUAAAUCAGAAGUACAAAGCAAUUACGGAGUGGUUAACGCUCAGCAAAGGUGGGCUGUGAUGAGCUAUUAGGCUUGGUGCGCUCACCACCCUGCAGAGCUGGCCAGGGGCUGUGGAUCGAGGGCAGCAGCUCCUUGGGUUAGGUGUGAGGUGUCAGGGCUGCCUCCUGGCAGCAGCACCUCACCUGCCCCGGGCUCUGCUCUGGGGUUUGUGGCUCCCUGCUGAGCCCUGAGCUGCUGCAGGAUGCUGUGGUGCUUGCCCUCCUCCCUGCAGGUGAAUGGGUGCUUGGCUGCCAUGUAAUUCCAGGUUCUGGUGUUAGCAUAUGCAAAUCUAAUUCGACAUGACCGUGCUACAGAGGUGUGCUUUCAGGCAGCGUUAGCAACAGAAGCACUGUUGUUCACUACACACCUAUAUGCAGGAGCAGUGCUCAUCUUUAGCUGGGGGCAGGGUGUUGAUCUAGGUGUAAAAUACCUCCAGCACCCAGUGCUGUGCUGCAAGCUAUCCUGACCAGGCAAGGGUUGUUUCUGUGGGCAGUCAUGCAGAAAAGCAAACUUCUGCAGCAUUCAUAAGCCCACAAGCUGUUGUUUGAUUGUGAGCCCGUGUUUGAGUUCAUUGUCCACGUGCCUUCCAGGAAACAAGUGGCUCGUUAUGCCCCUGUAAGCACUCCAGUGCCGCAGGCUCCCAUGGCAGCCUCCAGCCUGGGCUGCUGCUUGGGGUGCAGGCAGAGUGCCUGCAGGUGGGAGGUGUUCUGGGAUGUUUAGGGGAGGCAACAGAGAGGAGAAAUACUGUGUUGUGGAGAACACCAAGGAUGCAAACACAGGGCAGCUCAAUGUGCUUGCUCAGGUGCAUGCCUGUCUGCAUACACGUGCACGAGCACCUACAUGUUUGUCGCUGCACCAGCAAACUGCUGCCUGGCUGCUAGCUCUGGCAGCUCCUCACAGUGGCCGAUGGUGAUACACAUUUGUUUUUCCUGCCCAGGGGCCACUCAUUUUCUGCUCGAGCCAGGUUGGUUUGCUCACACGAGCUACCUCAGCCAUAAAGCACUCACUGAAGGGGCUGUCCCUUCCCCAUUUUCCCCGACACACCGGCCCUUUUGGGGCCAUCACAGCUCCCCUGGCGGCUGUGUAACAUGGUGUAAGAUCCAGCACCUCAGUAAAACUCUCCUGGAGCUGUGAUAGGCCCCAGGAC